CAACCUCUCUCCUCGCGCUGCAUCCGCCACUGCGCGUGAAUGUGAUGAUGCUCGAGUGUUACAUUGUAGCGCUCAGUUCGUUGUCAUUCAUCUCCCGCCAUUGACGACUUGACUGAGGUAGACCACUAACAACCACAACUGUCACGUAGCGCUAAUAUCAGACGCUAAAAAUAUUGACUGUGUGGCGAGUCAGGUGAACAGUCGCUGAUCGACACGUAGAGAGACACAACAUGAUGGGUUUACAUGAAUUCAUAUGGAUGACAGGUAUACUGAUGGCGCAGGACCAUCCUUAACCUACUUGCGAGGGAUUUGGGAUCGUGACAGUACGUGAAGAUGGCGACGGGGACGGGGACGGGCUGGCAGCAGUCGUACAGCGCUGCUCCGGGCAUCAGUUCUCCCGCUGCUGCUGCUGCUUCUGCUGCUGCUUCUGGAUCAGGCACCAGUCCAUCCUGCACAGCCAGCCAUUUACUCUACGAAUCUGCGCUGACCAUGGAAUACACUCAAGAUCUGCACCUGAAGAUGAGUAAAAAAAUUGCACAACUCACUAAGGUCAUUUAUGCCCUCAACACAAAAAACGAUGAGCAUGAAGAUGCCAUCCAAUCUCUGAAAGAUGUCCACGAUGAGGAGGUUCAGCACAUCCUGACCGAGGCUCGGGAGAAGAUCCUUCACUACAAGAGCAAGAUCGGGGACGAGGCCGACCUGAAACGGCGCCUGCAGUCUCUGGAGGAAUCCGUGGAGCUGCACGAACACAUGAAGCGCCAAGCUCUGGCCGAGUUCGAGAUGUACCGGCAGCGCGUGGAGGACACACAGCUGUGCACAGAGGCCCAGCACACACAACGUGUGGUGUCCAUGUCCCGUGAAGUGGAGGACAUGCGGCACGAGUUCGAAGAGAAGCUGCGCUCCUUCAGUCAGGUGCAAGCCCAGUUUGAGCAGGAGAAACGCCGGGCGUUGGAGGAGCUCAAGUCGGUCCACCGACAGGAAGUUCAGGAGCUGCUGGAAAGCCAGCAGAACCAGAGUGCAUCCUCCAGCCUGGAACAGGAGAAACUGGCUGAGCUGCAUCGUACGGAGCUGGAGUCGCUCAUGGAGCGCGUGGAGGAGUUGACGCAGGACAAAGUCCGGUUGGUAGAGGAGUACGAGGCCAAGCUAAGCAAGGCUCAGGGGUUCUAUGAACGUGAGCUGGAGGCCAUGAGACGAACGCAGCAGCUCACCACAGAGAACUUGUUGGCCUGGAGGAGGACGGAGGUGGAACUGAGGAAGGAGUUUCAGGUGCAGGAGUCGGCUCUUCAGAGGACCCUUUGUAAACUCCGUGCUGAACUCCACAGAGCUCAGGAUGAGGCGCGAGAGAGCAGGGACAAGACCAACAGACUGCAGGCAUCUCUUAACAAUGCAGAAGUCACAAUUAAGGAGUUACAUAAGCAGCUGGAAGAGGCCAUACAGGAUGGAGAGAUUUGGGUGAUGCAGCUGAAAGAUACAGAAUAUGAGCUGGAGGGAAGCAGAGAUAGAGUUCAGCAGCAGGCCAAUGAAAUCCUUCACAAAGCCAGUCAGAUAGGCUCUCUUCAAGCGACCCAAAUGAGCCACGAGGCCACUAUCAGGGACCUGGGCUCCGAGCAGAACCGCCUGAAGGAGAAGAUCCUACAGCGGGAGGAGGAGAGAGAGAGACUUCAGAAACAGAUUCAAACACUGGAAGAGCAACAGCAACAGAAGAUCCUCAACCUGGAGAAGUCGCUUUGUGAGGAAAAGCAGAACUAUGAAAUGGAGCUGGCGCGAAUCAGGGCCAAAUACGAAGAGGAAACGGCCUGUCUGAAAGAAAGCCAAGCAGAAUCCUUAGAGGAACUCAAGGAGAAACACCGAGUCCAACAAGAAGGUGCUCGCAGUGCCGCUGAGAGAGAGAAGAACCAGUUGCUCAGUGAGAUGAGACAACAGUUUGAUAUCCGGCGUCUGUCAUUGGAAGAGCAGAGAAACCACCUGCAACAGCAACUGGAGACCAUACGAGAGGAACUCACUACCAAGCUCAACAUGGCCAACCAAGAGGUGUCUCAUUUGAAGGAUCUUGUGAAGGAGAGUGAAAAAAAUCUUGAUACUGCUGAGAACCACAUCUCCUGUCUUAAAGACAGCCAAGAAAAGCUUUUCAUUGAGCUGGACGCCACCAGGGCACGAGUGAGAGAGACGAGCAACCUGCUCACGGAUCUACAAGAGGAAAUAGAGACCCAGAAACAGCAACAUGAAGCCAGGGUCAUCGCUAUCAAAACAGAGGAGAAACAGAAAAUGGACAAAAUCACAAAGGAGCUGGAUCUCAAGUGGACCGAUGCUCUGAGGGCUGAGCUGAAGGGUCUUCGGGAAGAGCUCACAGCUGAACAUCAGGCAGAGAAACAGGUGACCCUGACACAACUUUCCCAGCAGAGAGACCUGGAGCUGAUGGCAGCCAGGGAGAGCUGGCAGAGGAAAGUCGAGGACCUCCUGGAACAGGUAACGCUGCUGAAGCAGAGCCUGGAGCUACAGAUGUCGCAGUCGAAAAGCGCGCUGCAGCAAUUGCAGGCGCAGUUCAGCCAAGAGCGCGAGCACCUGGCACAGCAGUUGCAGGAGCUGGCGCUGGAGCAUCAGCACAGAGAAUUAUCACCUUCACUGUCUCCUUUUCCCCUUCAUAGUACUGUACAUGUCUGUUUCCUUUACUCUCUGGAUUUGUCACCCCUGCAUUAUCACCCCACACUGAGAAUCUCCACUGUGCAUGACUUCCAUAUGGACCUUGAGGAGCGUCUAGAACAGGAACAGAGAGAGGAGUUACACACUUUGAAUGAAGCCCACAGACAGACCCUGGAAAUCCUUCAGCAGCAGUCGGACCAGGAGCUGCAGACGCUGCGCUUUGAGCUGGAGGAUGAGGGCAAAGCCAUGCUGGCUUCCCUGCGGUCUGAGCUCAAUCAUCUCCACGCUACUGCCAUCGAACACCUGCGACAAGUCCAUUUCAAGGAGAACAAUGCGGCCAAACGAGAGCUGGAUGACACUAUUGAGCGCUGCAAAGAACAUGAACAAGACCUCCUAGGGCGUAUAUCUGACCUGAGGCAGGAGGUGAGCUGCAGGAAGAAUCGGAUCGCCGAUCUGGACCAUGAAAUCCAUUCGCUCAAUGAGACCAUCAGCACCUUGACCAAGGAGUUGGAGCUCAAAGGGAAGGAAAUUCUGCGGGUGCGCAGUGAGGCCAAUCUGCAUAUCAGGGCUCAUGAACAGGAUCUCUCUAAGCGCCUCGAGAGGGAGAUUGAAGAGCUGAAUGCUUCUCAUAACAGAGAGACCCAGAUCAUGCUGUCAGAUUUUAACAAAGCUCAGGAGCUGCUAAAAGACAAGAUCUCUGCUCUGCAGAUUCUGUUGGAAGGUACGGAGGAGAAGUUCAGGAAUAGAGAAAGCCGACCAGAGGACCUUCAGGUGAUUGCUGGGCUCAGAGAAAUAGUGUCAGAGAGAGAAGCCCUGGUCAAGAAACUUGUGGAUGACAAGAAGUUUUAUCAACUGGAGCUGGUGAAUCGAGAGCCUGGCUUCAACAAGGUGUUCAACACCAAUCCCAAUGUUGGGGUCAUAAACCCCCUUAUAAAGCAUAAGAGUAGAAAACCUGUCAACAGUAUCGCCAGCUCUCCGAACCUAAGCGUUGUUGCGGCAGAAGGGAUGGCGGGCGGCUCGGUUCCGCCUGCUUGCCUAGAGUCUGUCCCCAACUCCCCCAUUCACCACCAUGAGCUCAGAUCUAACAAUCCUCCACCCCCUCCAACCCCUCCGCCUCAGGCCGACUCCACCUGGAGCCGUCGUAAGACUGAGGAUUCAACUGUUGCACCAAAAGAACAGCAAACACAAGAGCUAUUUUCACAGUAUUUCUCCUUUUAAAUUUUUCAAGACACUCAACAGAAGAGCAUGUGAAAAUAACCCAUUCGUCUGUUCUUGAUAUAUCACUGUGAGUUUGUUAUUUUCCCUUUUGAUAUGGCCAUUUACUUGAUUUAAAAUGAGAUGCACAUUCAUUUCAUAUAAUAUUCGUAAAUGUGUCUUUUCUGGAUGGACUAAAACUGUUGGAAUACCAAUGUCUUGCCAGUUUUGAAAUAAAUUGCACAGACACUUACAUA